AUCACAACAUAAUAGUCGAUAAAUAACCACAAUUUCGUAUCUUUCUCUUUGUUUUAGUACAUUCAGAAAAUGUUCACAUUUAACGAAGUAUCUUUUUACAGAACAUUACAAACAGCCUGAAAUCUUGAAAGAAAAAUAAGUGCAAUUGUAACAAUAUUAUGCUUCAAUUUAUCAUUUACAUUUUAAAACUUACCGAUCGCAGUAUGUCUACAAAGGCACAAAACAUUCAGUCACAGGUAUCCGGAAUGAACAAUAUAGUAUUUUACAACUUGUUAAGAUCUAGAAAUUAUUUAAAAUUUGAAUUAAUUUCCACAUCUUUGUAAUAAUCCUGAGAACCUUAACUGACACACACAAACUGAAGUAGGGACUAUUAAGGUAAAACUUCAGUGAUCAACCUGCCUUGGAAAUGUGUAAAAUAUACAUGUAAGAAACAUAAAUAUUGUGGAUCAACAACAGGGUUCCACCAAGCCAAACCCAGUCAUACCUAAGGUGCUGAAUCAUAUUAUAUCACACAAUGUUCAAUGUCUUUAACCCUCAUGUCAUCCUGCGGCCUGGUUUAAAGUUUAAAAAUGUGGGGAAAAAAAAUUAUUUUCACAGUGACACUUCUGAUGUCCACAUUUUCAACAUUUCUGGGAAAUCUUUGAACAUUUUUUGGUGGAAAAAAGAAGUGUUAAAGACAUUUCUUAAGAACAUUCACUACCUCUUAGGACAUGGACUCCACAUAUGUGGACAUCUUCCCCCCCCCCAAAAAAGAUCAUAUUGCUCAUCAUAAUGACAAUAAUAAAAAUAACAAUAAUAAUAAAAUUUGAAUAAUAACAACAACAAUAGCAACAACAAUAUCAACAUAUACAUAUAAGGAAAAUAUAAAAAUAUAAUAAACAUAACAAUCGCAUAUUAGAUUUGAUCUAUUUAUUAUGUUUAUUGGUUACUCCUUAUCCCAAAUAACUAGAAGAAAUCUAAAGUGCAAGGCCAACCAAAGCUCAGGUCUGAAGAGGUUAAAAAUCAGCCAAAAUCCAGCGAAAUUUGCUGAAAGAAAAUAUUAGAAGUUUUACCGAUACUAUAUAUGUAAUCACUUUAGAUAUUUUAAUGAUUUUUUAAAAGAUAUUUGUCAUUUUCUGAAAAUAUUACAAGAAUUGUCUUGCCAAAUUCGGGAGAUUUUUUUUAAAAAUAAAACUUGUAAGGGAAACUUUUAAGGAAUUAUUGGAAUUUUCUUAGGUUUUGCAAAUUAGCGGAUUUUGUUUCUGAAUUUUUGGAUUUUUUUCACACAAUGAAACAUUAUUUUUUGAUGCUCUUAAUGAGGACAACAGCAGGGUUAAAUAUUUUCACACUAAGUAUUCAUUUUCACCUGUGUAAUUUUUACACUUUGCAAAGUCAUCCUGCGGCCAUAUUGGACCCUUUGGCGGGCUGGUUUUGGCCCGCGGGACUUAUGUUUGACACCCCUGAUCUAAGGGUUAACAAAGCAACAAAAAAAAACAAAAAAAAAGAACGAAAGAAAAGAAAAGGAAAGAAGAAAAAAAAAGCCAGAAGUUCUCAUAGAGCAGGAAACUUUGGGGACUUUUGGCUUCUCCCUUCCAUUGCUGCGGAGCUCCGUGAGCCGGGGGCGUGUGCAGGUGAGCUGCAGCGGGGAUCACCGCUCUGCUGCUGGGAUGCCGCGGAGUCAGACGAGCCUCAUGACGCAAUGGGUUUACUCAACUCAGCCUCAGAUUGUGAAGGACAGGAUAAUACUUGCAGGGUCUCCCACGUAUCCUAUGACCAAAAAGGAAGGCUGAGGACUCUGAAACUGACAUAUAAAACCUGACAGGCACACGAACCCUUUCCCGAGUUCAGGAAAGAUAAACAAGAAGCUUCUCCGGACGCCUGGAACCGACGCAUGCAAACUUUCAGGAUGGGACUCACACUGUUGCUGUUUCUAUCGUGCGCUGUCAGUGCAGGAGCGAGCACAUCAGUACCUACAAAUGAAACGAUCCUUGAGCCAUACAGGGAAAGCCGGAAAGUUCUUACGACAUCAGGCAAAGAAUGCAAGCUCCCGUUUCGUCAGGGUGGAAGGAUUCAUCAUCACUGCAUCACCGUCCUGUCCCCAAGACCGUGGUGCUCUCUCACACACAAUUUUGAUCGGGACAGGCAGUGGAGCUUCUGUGCACCAGAGAAAACCCAGUCAGAUGGUUUUGCCCACACGUCACGCAGAAUCACAGAUCUGUGUCAGAUGAAACCCUGUCAGAACGGAGGUGUUUGCACUCCGAUCCCACUCAGGCGUUCGUUUGAGUGCACCUGUCCUGAGGGCUUUACUGGGAGAUUGUGCGAGCAAAAGAAGUGCUAUGAAACCGUACACCUGCGCUAUUAUGACAUUGGAGAGUCUUGGGGACGAAUUCAUCUCCGUAACGUGGAACAAUGCACAUGUGUGGCGGGGGAAACCAAGUGUGAGAGAGUCCGCUACACAAUGUGUCGUACAAACCCGUGUCAGAAUGAUGGAACAUGUCGACUGAUCACAUCCACUGGCAAAGAAGUGUGUAACUGCAGACGUGGCUUCACCGGACCUUAUUGUAGCUUUGAGGCAGAGACAGAGUGCUAUAACAGCAGAGGCACAGAUUACAGAGGGGUGGUGGGCACCACGAUGUCCGGCGCCCAGUGUCUGCCGUGGAACUCAGACCUACUGUUUGACGAGCUCCAUGUGGGCACAGUGGUUGCAUCAACCUUCAAAGGUCUUGGGGAGCAUGCCUACUGCAGAAACCCAGAUGGGGACAAAAGGCCGUGGUGCUACACACUAAAUGACAGCGCCAUCUCCUGGGAGUACUGUGACAUCCCUUCAUGCAUAAUGCCUGUUUGGGGAAAUCAGCCAGGGGCAAAAUCAAAGAUAUUCAGAAGAGCUUCUCGUCGAAGGACUAUCUCACUGUUGCCCACCAUUAAAAAGCCCAACUCCUCCAAGUCAGCAAAAAGCCCUGUGUGUGGGACAAAGCACAAGAAGAGGCUAUCGAUAGCCAGGGGGCGGAUCCAGGGUGGACACUCGGCCCUGCCUGGUUCUCAUCCAUGGAUGGCAGCCAUUUAUAUCGGCCAGUCAGACUUCUGUGCUGGCAGUCUGAUCUCCUCCUGCUGGAUCAUCUCUGCGGCACACUGCUUCUUCCGCAACCCCCUGAAGUCUCAAAUUCGCGUGGUGCUUGGCCAGCAGAAUUUUAACUUCACUGGUCCCAACACCAGGACGUUUGGAGUGGAGGAGUACAUCUUUCCAAAACAGUUCUCAGUGUUUAAUCCAACCCUACAUGACAUUGUUCUCGUCAAGCUGAAGAAGCAGGACGGGCGGUGUGUGAAGAGAACCCCGUUCAUCAGGCCCAUCUGUCUGCCAGACAAAAGCACGACGUUCCCCGAUGACUACUGCUGUGCUAUUAGCGGCUGGGGACAUAUGCAUGAGAAAGCAGAGAGGUACUCGAGUCUGCAGGAGGGGGGAGUGAGGCUGAUUCCUCAUGACGUUUGUAAGAAGCCAGAGGUCUACGGCAACCACGUAACUGCCGACAUGAUUUGCGCAGGACUAAAUGGCUGCGUUGAUGCAUGCCAGGGUGACUCUGGAGGCCCUCUGGCUUGUGCAAGGAAUGAUGUCAGCUUCCUGUAUGGGAUCAUCAGCUGGGGAGAGGGCUGCGGCCGCUCUCGAAAACCUGGAGUUUACACUAAAGUUGUAAAUUAUAUAGACUGGAUCAAUUCAGUGAUCAGACGCAAACCUAAGGCUUCAUAAAUGGAUGUUACCAGAAUUCUAGCAUUAGGAUGUGAGUGUUUUCUUAUCGUUGUUACUGUAAAUGCUCUUAGAAGUUUAUAUGCUAUAUUUUGUAACUGUGAAAUAUUUUGGGACUGAAUAAACCUUUACUGACUUGAUAAAACUUUUGGUGUCUUGAGAGCAGUGAAAAAGCACUGCUUAUGACAGUUACGCAUAUUUGACAAAGCAAUCUCAGCUCAACGAGACUUUCAGGAGCACUGAAUUCUGGUCUUAAUAUGUGAUAGAGUUUGUUUGGUUGUCGUGAGGGCAGAUGUGCUUAGAUGCAAGCUCAGUAGCUGUUUAAAUUUCAUUCAUAAAUCAAAUAAUAUUAUAAUUAAAAACAAAACCAGUCAAGUCAGGGUUCACUUACUGUACUUUUUAGGAGGUUUUAACAGCUUUAGAUCUCAUUGUAAAAUUAAUCAAAAUUGCUACCCACAGUAGCAAAAAUCUGUGUUUUUUUAACCUUAAUAAUUUGUCAAUUUGGUGUUUUUCACAAGCUGGAAAACCAUUUUCGAUGUGUGUUUUGGGUCAUUGUCUUGCUGGAACACAUGACUGCAACCUUCUGGC